CGCUUGGGCGGUCUUUCGUGCUUGCUGCAUUUUCGCACGGUCGACACUUUCAGCAUCGCAUUCCCUUCCUUCCGGCCUGUUCCCCCCUCCAGCCUGUUCAAGUCCCCCAGUGGGUUGGUCGCCCUUUCAUCCCAUCCCGUCGAACGCCAUCCAACCUUCCAUCUAUCAGUGUGUUCGCAGAUUGAAGCUCUCUCGCCAGCGCUAGAAGGGACAUGUUCCUGUCUACCUAACCAGCCAACAUGUCCCCUCUCAGAGGCUAUAUCACAUCCUACCCCCCACGGGUGCGCCAGUAUGGGAACGCGCUUCUCACUCCCGUCAACCCACCUACUCAAGUUGGCCCUACGCCUCGCACGACGAAACGCGGAACCGCUGCCAUCAAUUAUGCCGAAGAUGGUUAUGAUGAUGAUGAUUUCGAGGACAGCGAAGGUCCUCGGCGGCCCACUGGCCUGAGGAGUCUCCGCCGAGAAGAGUCAACGUUCGAUAAAGUCCCCCUGGCGGAAAAGCUAGGGAAAGAGAUCCAUGCUCCCGUUGAGGUCCAAGGAGUGUUUCGCGAUUGGAUGAUCAAGAGGAUGCUACGGCCUGCUUGCGCCGACCAGCUACAGAUCCAAGCACAACUCCCGCUAACCCUCAUACCAAUCCGAAUUGAUCUGGAAGUACAGGCGCAUCAGCCGUUGGAGCCGUUCGCCUUGCCGCGAUCGGUCCUAGACCCUGGGAUUAACCUCACGCUGCCUGGGUAUAGACGACCUGAGCCGCUGCCCGCUUAUCGCAUCAAAGAUACCUUUCUCUGGAACCUUCACGAAGCCCUCGCAACUCCGGAGGAGUUUGCCGUCGGGUUUGUCCGUGACAUGGACCUUCCCAAUCCGCAGGCGAUGACCAUGACCAUCAGCGGCCAGAUCCGCCAACAAUUAGAAGAGUUUGCCGGGGUUGCGUUGCAUCCACUUUUCCAGAGUACACAGCACAAGCCACCAUCCGCCUCCCAGAAUGGGCUGUCGCGAGAGGUGUCCAUGACCCCGGCCCUAACGCACGCAGCCACCCCCGACAGCCGGGCCAAUGCAGUGACGGUCACUAAAGAGCCCUUGAUCAACGACAGCCUUCUCAACCCCGAUGACGCGUAUCGGUGCAUGAUUAAUCUGAACAUCAACUUGCAAAACAAGCUGUACACCGACAAGUUUGAAUGGUCCCUGCUGCAUCCUCCCGGGAUGGCCGAGGAAUUUGCCAAGAUCACUUGCGCUGACUUGGGGUUGGGUGGAGAAUGGGUUGGUGCCAUCUCGCAUGGCAUAUAUGAGGCUGUCUUGAAACUCAAGAAAGAGGUUUGUGAGAGUGGCGGGCUCAUCAGCGGCAUGGGAGGAUACGGAAACGAGAUCGACAACCAAGCGGCGAAUGGCGCCGAAGCCGGCUGGCGAUAUGAUCCGGAAGGGCUCGGGGACGAAUGGGAACCCAAGGUGGAAACGCUGUCCAAGGAAGAGAUUGAAAAGCGUGAAGGUGACCGCGAGCGACAGAUCCGCCGGUUACGGCGAGAGACGGCCCGGUUCUCAUCUACCACCGGCAUCACCCCGGAAGUUUCCCGACAGGGAAGCGGGGGCUAUUUCGACGUGGAUAGCGAGACCCCCCUGGGUCGAGGCGAGCGCAGCAAACGAAAACGACGCUUCCGCAGUAUCAGUCCAGGCGCGAGGGGAGGCACCCCCGGCGGGCGAGGAACUCCAGACACCGGAUCGGGGGCUGGCUAUGGUGGCGGCGGUGGUACUCUGUCUGACUGGGAACGUCAGAACUGGCGAUGCAGCAAUUGUAUGGUCUGGGGCACCGCAGUCUGGGCGGUCCGGGAUGGCCCUGCCGGCCCAAGGACAUUGUGCCACAACUGCGGUCUUCUGUACGAACGAGACAAGGUUGCCCCGGAAUGGUCGAGGGAUUUGCACCGACAUGAUAUCCCAAUUGGCCGGUGACGACCGCAAAUGUUUCGUCCUUGGGUAGAAGUGAGAUCGAACCUGAUGCACAGGGGUCAAUUAGCUCUAUUCUCAUGAGUCGUCCCCGUUCCAGCUCGACCCAGUUCAUGUACCUUUUUUUUUUUCAAACAUGGCCAUGAUAUUUCUAAUGAAUCCCUUAUAGUCUCAAUACUCGGCGUAUUCGAUGUGGUUUUUAAUUUUAUUUUUUGUUUCUUUUAAUGUAUUUCAUUUCUCUUUUAAACCUUUCUGAGCACCUUCAAUAUGGAAUGGAAUGAACUGUCGAUGGAUUUAUUUCUUUUUUUCUUGUUUUGGUGGAAUCUUAAAUCUUGCGGGUUUACAUGUUUUGCUAUGUCUGUUGUACACUGAUAGCAAUGAUUGAUGGGAGAGGCUUUCUGUUCUC